AUGGCGGUCCGCAACGCGUAUACGGAGUCGGACGACGAAAAUCUAAUACGCUACAUUGCGAAACACAACCCAAGAGGCGAAGGCCGGCAGGGAAACAAACUGUACCAAAACUUGCAGGAGAAUACAUCUGGAAAAUGGCCAUGGGCCAAGCGGCAUCCCUGGUCGUCGUGGCGGGAACGAUACAAGAAGAACCAAGAAUACUUCGACAGGAAGAUCAAGCGAGAGUUGAAGAGACAAGCAGAGGGGUCUGGGAAGAAUGCAGGAGCGGGUUCGAGCAAGGACGUGGCGCGUCCGUUGGCGAAGAAGCCCGAGGUCAACAAGCCGAAGGCACUCCCUGUGAAGCAACGCGCUGAGGCACCCCCGAAGCCCAAGGAGGAGGUCGUGGAGGACAGCCAGACUGAAGACGAGCAGGAGGGGCCAGUAGGAAGUGACGACUACACGCGCGAGCUAUUUGGCUCGUUUGUCGAUGACAGCGAGGAACCGCAGAGGUCGGGAAGAACGUCGCCUUCCAGCUCUGUGGCCUCGCAACCACGAAAGGAGCCUCAAAUGCCCUUACCCAUCCCAUCCCAAGAGCCAACGCCUCCCAAAUCCGACGCUGUUUCGCCUAUUCGCGUGUUGCCGCAGCCGAAGAAGGUCAAGCGCAAGGCAGCUCAGGAUGACGACCCGUUCGAAACACCACCAUCGUCACCUAACGUUCGUCGGCCUGCACCGACGACGAGAGGAGCGCCGCCUACGUACAUCGAGGGCCCGUUCCGAACCACGAUCAAGCGCCCUCGUACAGUCUCGAACGAUGUUAAAGCGUGGCCCCCGAAGCGCCUAAAGAAGGAUCCCCCUUCCCAGACACAACAACUUGCCGCUCGGAAGCCUGGGCAUCUGCGCUUACCCGCACAGGUCCUCCCUGUUGCCUCGUCCUCAAAAGUUAAGCUUCCGGAGACGUCCAACGCUGCUCCUCAACCACCACCUCAGGACGUUUUCGAGUCCGCCAGGACUGAGUCCAAAGGCAAAGGACGUGCAGUUGAGAAGACGCCUCGUCGUAUUGACCUCAAACGCGAGAGCAUGCACGCCCUGCGUAAAAGCCGAGGUCGCUCGCGUUCAUCCACCGUGACUGCAGACUCAAGUGCGGUCGUUCGUCGGAGUGACGUACACUCAGGACUCAGUGGGACGCAGGAUACUCUCUUCGCGCUUUUCAAGAGCAAUCUACACCGACUGGGAGACGAGUAUGGGUUCUCAAAGGGCGUGGUCGAACAGACGUAUAGGGAGACAGGUUGCAUAGACAAAACGCGAGUUGUGCUGGAGUCGCUGAACGCAUCGAUGAAGGCUGCGGAGCGGGCCCUGCACGAGGCGAUGCCACACCUCUUCAUCCAUAACAUGGAUAUAGAGAUGGGUUCUGGGACGGACGAAGAGCAGGAGCCUGAGGGCAUUGUCCCCCCUGCCCAGAGCCAGCUUCCGUCGGCUGCAAGCAGCCCGAGGAACGCGCCGAGGAAGAGCGGCCCUCGUCGAAGCCUUACUAUCAAACCUACCCCGCCUGGCGAGAAUGACCGUAUGUCGGACUACUCGCCGCCUAAUACCUCGCGUGCUGGUCAGUACGCGAGACUCGUUCGACAAGGCCGGAAGGAGGAAGCGCUCGCGCGAGAGAGCCGCCGAGUAAGUGGGGUUUUCGUCCCAUAUACCCAAAAGAAGGCUAGGAUGCAGCGCCAGCCUGACUUGCCAUCGACCAACCCGUCACCUACCCCUGCUACCCGCCAACCCGCUGUCGAACCCAUCGAACUGCCUGCUGAUUUCCCUGCCCCUGCGUCAGCGCCAGUACCAGUGGCGGAUGACGACUAUGAUGACUUUUAUGUGACUGAGGAAGAGCAGCUGCAAGCUGAUGAUGAAUUUGAGCCGGAGCAGGGACCGGAGCCGUCGAGCCAACCCGCCCUGCAAUCGCCACCCAGAUCACAGCAAAUUCGCCGCUCACCCAGAGACAAAGACAUCCGGAAAAAAACCGUUGACUACAUGUCUAGGAGUCCGGAGAAAGACCAAUUCUCAAAGAUCGAGCCCGACGCAGAUGUGAAACCCCUUUCAAAUAAUGAGUCGAAGAAACUGCAAGAUGAGCACCGUCGACUCGCUUUGACGGUCAAGGAGGAGAACGCAGAUGCCAUGCGAGCCGUUGAAAAGAAAGUCGACCGUUCGACCGUCAAGCGGUGGUCGCUCGCCGUGUUGAAGGAGCAUGUCCAGAAGAUCACCUUGGCCGCAGACGCGGAGAUGGAAUACGAGGGUGGAGUGGCGGGAGAGGAGGGCGACGAUGAGAUGGAGGAAAAUCAUCAGAUACGAUUUGUGUAG